AUGACAUUCACAAAAGGCAUUGGUACACCAAAGUACAUGGCACCAGAAGUACUUGACAAACACAAAUACAAAAAAGCGGCUGAUAUAUAUUCGUUUUUUAUUACUAUGCUUGAAAUUUUCAUUUGGGAAGAAGUGUUUCAAAAGGACGUUUUGCGUUUUAAGUUUGCAUGGGACAUCGCAGACUUUACAAGUGCUGGAAAGAGAUUAAUAAUACCCAAUAACGUCCCAAGCGAUUUAUCAGAAAUAAUAACUAAAAGUUGGGUACAAAAUCCAAAAGAAAGAACACCAAUUGAGAAUAUAGAAAAUGCGCUCGAAAAUUUUUAUAAUUCAAUAUAA